GUAGCAACAGGUGAGCUGAAAACACACACCUCACACACACACACAGUGACAGUGAAGAAGAGUCUGCUGCGGAGCUGAAGAGGCUCCUGGGACUGCAGAUCCUGUCUGACAUGACAGGGAAUUAGAGAAGCGAGGACCAUUUCACCGCCUCGCAGGGGAAAAACAACUCCGGAUCAUUUGGAUUAUAAACCGAACCUGAGGGGAAAAUAUUAAAACAUCACUAAUAAGGACUUUAUAGAGUGUGUGAGCCUCGGUGGUGAGUUAGUGUGACUUAAAAUAAGUAUUUAAGGUUUUAAAGUAGCACAACAGACAGUUUUCCUGUAUGUGUUGUCUUAUGAUGGUAGAUUAUUGAGCUGCUGUAGUUUAUUUCUGCUCCAAUCCACCUGUUUGUAGGUUAUAUAAAUGUCUCAUUCUUUAUACAAUAAUGUUUCUACAAAACCAUUAUAGUAGGAAAUAGUUAAGUCUAUUUAGUGUCCCUAUUAGUGAUUGUUUGUUAGUGAGGGUUUUAUAAUCCCCUGAGCUGCUGGCUGACUCCAGCAGCACCAUGAUCAGCUCGGAGGGCCUGAGGCCGGCCCCGUCCGGCAGGAAGCCGCUUGGGAAGCUCGCUACCCGGCUGGAGGAGGUGAAGAACCCGUGGCGUCACGUCUCCACGCUGGAGCUCAGCCACAACGAGGCGGCUCGCCUAGCAACGGACGCGCUGCUGGAGCACGGAGAGAAGGAGUACCGGCGGGUGCUCAGCGAGGAGCGCGAGCUCAACUUUCUGUCCCCGCUGGAGAUCCGCUACAUCACCACACACGCGGCCAAAACAACAUGCAGCAGCUCCGGCUCCUCCGAGAGCAACGGCGUCCCCGACGACCGGGACUUAGACGCCGUAUCCGAGCUCACCUCCGGGACUUACUUCCCGAUGAUGUCCGACGAGGAGCCGCCGAUGCUGGAGCUCGGCUGGCCGGACUCUCCGUCGAGGUACGGACCGUCGGAGACGCAGAUCUACUUCCAGAGGGACAAGUCUCAUAAUGUCAAAGACCUCAUCAGGUCCCUGAUCAACAAAGCCAAAAAGGUUAUCGCGCUGGUGAUGGACGUGUUUACAGACGUGGACCUGCUGUGUGAUCUCAUGGAGGCGUCAAACAAGCGCAGAGUCCCCGUCUACAUCCUGCUGGACGAGAAAAACCUCGACUACUUCACAGAGAUGUGCUCUGCGCUCGACAUUCAGAGCUCUCACAUGAGUAACAUGCGUAUUCGCAGCAUGUGUGGGGACACGUACUGCACCAAGAGCGGCAAGAAAUUCACCGGUCAGGUCCUGGAGAAGUUUAUGAUCAUUGACUGUGAAGAGGUCAUCGCCGGGUCCUACAGUUUCACCUGGCUGUCGGCUCAGGUGCACAGCAACAUGAUGAUGCAUUUCUCAGGUCGCAUCACCGACAGCUUCGACCGGGAGUUCCGCUGUCUGUACGCCGACUCGCAGAUCAUUGACUGCUUCUUCAACCCAGAGGAGGAGGGGAUGCCCUACUACCCGUCAUUCCAAGCCAUGAUGCCCCCCGGCAUGGGCAUGGGGCUCGGCCCCGUCAUGGGGCUGGAUUUACUCUCUGACAGCAGGCAGAGGGACAGGGUGUGCUCUGAAAACUCCAGCAGCCAAUCAAGUAGCAGCGUGUCCAGUGUGAAGGCCGCGCCAGGGAUGACCCCUAACACGGUCUACAAGGUCACCCAAACUCAUGACAAAAAGGAGACCAACAACAAUCCUCACCUCAGCCCUGAGAGGAGAGGAGGAGGAGGAGGAGGUGGAGACCGAUCAGGAGGACAAACCCCGACACCUCAGAGUCACGUCACAUCGGGAUCACGAGUCUCUGCUAACGGAGGAACCAAUCACAGCCCAGCUAUGGAGCGACCUCCGCCGCCCUACGGUACGCCAAAAGGCAUCGACUGGAGCAAGCCGAAUCCGGCGGACGUCAUGCGGUCAAAUAUAGGCGGCGCCUCCUCCAAGUUCCAGGCGUUGGGGUUGUACGACCACAAACCGAGCAUGUUCCACAGCGCCGGGCUCGUCCCUGGCGCCGCCAACUCAAACCACAUCCCCAGGACCCAGACGCCCUCCCCGGUCAAUGACAGUAAACUCACCCCCAAGCAGAGGACUCCCGCCAGCCCAUUCCUCAACAAACUCUCAGACCUCUUCCUGCCCACCUCCAACAAAGACACCUACAACUUCCGGAGGUCGCCGUCCCCUCUUGGCACCACGCCGUGGGGAGGACCGGACCUCUCUCAAAGUGAGCCGGAGAGCCAGCAGAGCCCACCGCCUCCGCUCUCUCCGACCGUGUUGAUGAACCGGCAGGACCAGAAGCGAAUGACGCUGGGCCACAGCAAGCUGGACCUGGUGAACCAUUACAACAAGAUGAAAUCCAAGCAGGUGUACAGCCGCUUUGAGCUUAAGACUUCAAAUUAAACUGGGAGUUCAGAUUGAUUUCAUCUGACUAAUUUUAUGUUUAACUCUCUCUUCCAAACUCUGUCUCCUAUUACAUUAUUACAACCCACGACGAAAAGUCUCCAUGGACUCUGGUUGUUUUUAUAAAGUGGUCAGUCCUCCGUCUUCUUCCACACUUCAGUGAUUCCUGGUGAAAAUCGAGCCCUUACAGCCAUGUUGGCUCACAGGCUCCUUCACCGUCUACACAGAGUUUUCCUCUGUGAUUCUUGAAACCAUAUUGCCUCUUUUAUCAUGUGAGGAGCCUUUAUAAGCACAGUGGCUACGUGACUCUUUGUGGGGUCGUAGUUUACACACAUGAAAAAAAAACGAUACCAUGAAAUUGAUCUGUGAGAAUCACCCGUCAAUUCAUUUCUGCAACAAUUGCUACCCGAGUCGUCUUGUUUUCAAAAUUAAAAAACAAGGUUGUGGCUAAAAGUAGUCUGACAAAGGUUUUAAAUAGGGCUGUCAAUCGAUUCAAAUGUUUAAUUGCGAUUUAUCACAUGAUCAUCCAUAGUUAAUCGCGAUUAAUAACAAAUUGACCCCAUGUUUUUUAUCUGGUCAGAAUGCACCUUAAAGGGAGAUUUGUCAAGUAUUUAAUACUCUUAUCAACAUGGGAGGGGGCAAAUAAGCUUGCUUUAUGCAAAUGUAUGUAUAUAUUUAUUAUUGGAAAAUCAAUUAACAACACAAAACAAUGACAAAUAUUGUCCAGAAACCCUCAGAGGUACUGCAUUUAGCAUAAAAAAUAUACUCCAAUUAUAACAUGGCAAACUCAAGUGGGCAUGUCUGUAAAGGGGAGACUCUAUUUAGCCUCCUUCUUCACCAGCUAGAAUAAUACCAAUGGAUUAGACCAAUAUUGGUACCAAUGGAUUCCUUAUGUUUUUCUAGUUUCAUAUGAUACCAGUAUCUUCACUCCAGCUUUGAAACUGAGCCUGUUACAACCUCCGAAAUCGCAAGUUGCGUUAAUGCACUAAGAAAUUAGUGGUGUUAAAACAAACGCGUUAUUGACACGUUGACUUUGACAGCCCUAGUUUUAAAUAAACCAGUGUCCUAACAGAAGAUCUGUCACAUUUUAAAAAGACAAAUCGCAACUGAACUUUAUACUGAAGCCUGAGAGCAGAUCAUCUUCUGUUUAAAAGGAAAUGUGAAGGCUUGGCCUCAACACAAAUAUUAAACGGAGUGGUAAGACUAGAACAUUAUCAUUGGAGCCCUCCACUGCCUUUUCUUUAGUACACUCCAGGGACUUAAAUGAGGAUUUUUCCACACAAUUGUAUACUACUCUUAUUUAACGAGAAUCUUAAAGUCAAACUGAAAUUUGAAUUCUCCUUUUUAUGUAAGGAAAUAUUGACUAUGACUCUGCAUCUAUUGUGCCUAACUUUCCAUUUUUCAAGAGGAUGAGACCUUUUUUGGACAUAAUGUAGAAACAGCGUCUAAGCCUCCGGCCUCUGGGUGGACGUUUCCCAUGGCAACAAUUGACUGACAUCUGAAGGGCAGAGUUUCUAAGAGACGUAGCGUUGGUUACGCACUGUUUAAGACAUCUGUCCCUUUUAAAGAUUGCUGUUAUGCUUGUGUUUCACUCAGAAAAUGAAAGCUAGAAAUUAAGGUUAGCAUGCUAACAUUAGCAGUGAUUCCCACUAGACGUUACUUUUGGUUCAAAUUAUUUACAUAACUGCUGAGUGUUGGGCAGCUCCUGCACAGUCACAGGCGAAUUCUCAAAGAAUGGAUUGCGGCUGCUGAUAGCACCAUGAAUAAUGCAUUGCUUGCAACCGCUAUCUGCCCCAUCUCAAGGUCCGAUUCACAAAAGAUAUUGCGCGAAUGAUAUUACAGCGUAAACACGCCCAUAAAGUUUUGCAGCUGAGUGCAAUUUUCCUUUUUUUUGCACCUGAUUGCAAUUAUCCAUGUGGCAAAAUAUAAAUGAGACAAUGAGAAAAAUAAAAAUGUAAUAUUCAGACCGCGAGCUACAGGUCUUGACGAUGAGGUACAGAGGCAUUCAGUUACCACCAUCUCUCUGAAGACGCUAAUUUCACUGUAACUGCCUGUGGCUGUUAGCGCUGAUCUUUGUGAAUUGGACUUUUUUCAAUGAGGCUGAUUUGCUUAGAAAGGGGCCAAUUUUGCGCCAAUUGUCCACAUAUUACGUGAUUUAAAUAUGUGCACAAAGAUGCAUUGUGCGUUUCGAGGUUUGCAGGUGCUUUGAGAAUUACACGGUUUCUUUUAUUUGUGCAGGUUUAGCGCCCGCAAAAGCCGCGCAAUCCUUUUAGUGAAUUUGCCCCUCAGUGUUGUGUUCAUCCCACAUUAUAGAAAGGAACAAAGUCUAGCUAGUGUUACUUCAAUGGAGAGCUGGAUACAGCGUUGCCACUCAGCCUGGCUGCUAAUGUUAAAUCCCAGUGGCCACUUUGGGUACUACAACAACAACAAAAUCCCCUUCAACCAUCAUGAUAGUGACGCCUGUAAAACAGGACACCUCAAAAUACAAAAAAAGGUCAAUUCUUAUCCUUUGUAUUAUGGCGAUUUAGUCCAUGGCUGUUUUAUAUAUGUAAAACUUUUCCAGAGCAUAGAAAAGCUGUUUUUUAUGUGUGUGGCAUCAGUAUCCAAUGUAAAGUCAGCGGGAGAAACACGACUGCAUAUUUUUAGUGCCCGCCCACGCAGAUGCUGCACCAAUCACAUUACCAGGAACUACAUCGUCAGUCAGAACCAAAAAUUCCAACACAUUCUCACUCCCAACUCAUCAAAUACCGCUGCUUGGUCAGUGCCCCUUGGCUGUGGAAACCAACGCACGGGGUACCCCUCUUGCGUUAUUUUUGGACGGACCAGGGACGGCAUGUAAUAUAUGCUUGUAACAUGCACAGUGUCCUUUCAAAAUGAACUUCUGUUUUCACAGGAAGUUAGGUUUAGGCAACACAACCACUUAGUUAGGGUUAGGAAACAGUCAACGUUAACUUCACUGACUAGCGACUCAAGUGACUAGUGACUCACGGGACUAAAGACUGACUUGACAAAAUAAGUCAACGUUACUUUUAGUUUCACACAGGACACGAACAUUGGUCUCCUAGCUGAAAGUCUUCCACCCUACCUUAGCGGACUCACGCUAUUAAUACUACGUCACUUGCUCCGACUGUUGAAUAACGCUGCGGGUGGGUUUACAUUUGAGUUAGUUGAAAGCUUGUUUCGUUACAUACUGUCAAUAAAAGUAUUUGACAACUUGGGAGUUAGAACGGGUUUAAAAUUCAUGACUAAUGCUGGGGAAACUAUCACUGCAGAAAAAUUAAUAAAACUAAUUAUGAUUUUGACCUAAUAGUCAAAACAAACACCAAGGAUAUAUACACUGUAGACAAUCGAGACACAAUAGAGUAUGUAGAGUAAAUGCAGUAUUUUGAAUCUGUUAAUAUGCAACACAGUCUCGUGGCAGUUUGUGAAAUAGUCACGAAAUUUAAUCAAUUGGAACCGUGUACAUAGACACGAAUUUCCCUUUUUUUCAGCUCAACUCAGCACGACUUUCAACAAAGUAUUUUUUGUGACACAUGUCAAU